AAGUCGGGACCGGUGGUAGGAAACGCGGUGUUUUCAACAUGAGUUUCCCGGGCGUCCUGCGUCUGUUCCCUGGAGGAAAAUGGAAAUAUUUUCAGGUUGCAAUGUGUCCAUCUCCUUACCAGCCUUUGUUCUCCUGCUGUCAGAGAAAAUCCAUAGCACCAAUGAAGAAAACAGACUUUGUUUCAGCUUCAUCAGAUGAGAGCUUAAAGGACACUGGGGAAAAGUUGGAAGACCUCUACUCUUCUGAACAGAAAUCAACUAUUUUGCAAGUGCUCAACACUGCAUCUGUGAAUGAACUUGCCACUUUUACAUUUCUUCGAGGAAGGAAGUCUGUCAACAUUGUAAAACACAGGGAAAAGCAUGGACCUUUUCAAGACUUGAAAAGCUUAAUGGAAGUGCCUUUGUUUCAGUUUAAAAUUACAGUGAAAGUGUGUAACUCAAUUCUACUGCCAGAAUUGAAAAGGAAAAAAAAAGAGAAAAUAAUACCAGAAAAUCGGUCAUUAGGAAAGGUUGUUAAACCAGUAAUAGAAAAAAAGAAGCUUCAGGAAGCUGAUAGUAUUGUGUCUAUUGUUUUUGGCAAAGAAAAAAUUGCCUGGGCUCAUCUUGAUAAUAGACUAACAGUUCUUGGCUGGCAACAAAGAAAUAAAUUUAAGUUGAUGAAAGAAACAAAUACACCAUCUGUGUAUCUGGAAACGAUUUCUUCAAUAGUUUCAGAAAUUCCUGAAGCAGAUUUCUAUGUUUUGGAAAAAAGAACAUUUUCUCUUCAGCAGACAACUCUGUUUCCAGUUGCAUUACACUUCCACAUUGUGGAGGCCAUGCUGUAUUCCUUGUUAAAUAAAACAUUAGCUCAUGAUGGCCACCAUCGGGUGUUGAGCAUGAGCCGGAAUGUGGUGGGGAAACACUUUGAUUUGAUGCUUGGAUCCAUGCGGACUAGCGGCAUGGCUGUGGUGCAGCAGUUUCUCUCAGACUCUACGUUGAAAGCAGAGUCCCGUGUGUCCUUUCCCUCUGAGAGCGUGGUGCGCUAUAGAAACCUGAUGGAGACCAAUGGAGGAGAAAGGAAGGAAGAGUUGUGGGAUUCUCUGCUUCAGGCAGUGGCUUUUUAUGAACUCUUGGUGUUCAGCCCUCAUUAAUAAAACUUUUCCUGUAUGCAAGAUGGCGCAAUGCGGAGGCUCUUAAAAUGUCUUGCUCACGGUACCAGACUUGGAGUCCCGAAUCUCUUUGUUCAAAUUCUGCCCUGUACACCCUCCCUGUGUGAACCUGGGCACAUGCCCUCAGCUUCCCUCACUGUGAAACAUGGGGGCUAGACUCGAUGGUCUCCAGUUUUAAGCCUUCUGACUUUACAUUGAUGGCCUUCCGACUUGGCCCCAGCCGCUUCCCAGAGAGGCCUUGGGAUUCCCCACCUUCUUCCCCAGCCGUCCUCCAGCAGCCCAGCACAUGCCUUCUUUACUUCUCUGCAGCUAGAGCUGACCUCCAGUCAGGAAAGCUUUUGGGCAGAAGCAAGUUCUGAGGAUGUCUGGCACAGAGACCCAGUUCUACCAACUGGAUGAUCUUGAGCAGCACCUCUGGACUCAGGGUAGGACCCAGGUCUAUCUAUGUUGAGAGAAGAAAAAGGCAUGGGAGGUUCUCCAGGCCUGCCCCUCAGCUUGAGGCUCAGGGAGCUGAAGUCUAAGCAGGUGAGGUGAUACUUAAUACCGGAUCAGUUGAGGUCCACAAAUCUAGGGUAUUUUUCCCUUACUCCACACUGACCCACAAAAUGCUCAUUUGUAAAAUUAGUGUGGGUGAGACUAGAUCAUCUCUAAAGUCCUUUCCAUUAGGAACAUUCUUGAUUCUCGGCAGCACUUCUAAGACUGCACAAAUGAUCCAUCUUUUGAUUUUUCAUGUCAAAGACUGAGGGAAUCUGAUUAGUUGAUGUUGGGAUUUUUAGAUACCUGGAUGGCUUCUGUUUUUUUUUAGUAAUCAUCUAAAACGUGAUAUCAGAUCAGCUCUUUAGAAUGCCUGCUAGGAGCUCACUGCUAGAGUCAUUGAGAUGCCUUUACCUGUCUGUCUGUCAUCUCAGUAAUGGUGCCCGAAAAGCAAGAAAUCGUCUAUUACUCUCCUCCUUGAAAACUGUGCCAUAGAUACUAUUACACUACAGAUCGACAAAUGAAGUGUAUUUCCGUUGUGGAUUUUAAUGUUUGUGAGGCUCCAGAAAACACUGAAAUAAUAAAAACUGUUGCUCUCUAAA